AUGCUGCUUCUGCUGCCUCUGCUCUUCAAGGGACUUCUCUGCCAUGGGGCAAGCACAGUGGAUCCUCAGGUUCCAGGACCCCAUCAUCUGGCUGCAGAAGAAUCCCCCUCCUUCUGCUUGAUCCAGAUCUCCUCCUUUGCCAACCACAGCUGGACGAAGACCCAGGGCUCAGGCUGGCUGGGCGAGCUGCAGACUCAUGGCUGGGAUAGUAUCUUGGCCACCAUCCGCUUUCUGAGGCCCUGGUCCCAGGGUAACUUCAGCAAGGAGGAGCUGAAGAGCAUACAAGCACUCUUGCAGCUGUACUUCCACAGUUUCCCACGGGAAGUGCAGGCCUAUGCCAGUCAGUUUCAGUUUGAAUACCCCUUUGAGCUCCAGGUAUCAUUUGGAUGUUUAAUUCAUACUGGGAAGGCUUUGGAAACCUUCUUAAAUGGAGCAUAUCAAGGAUUAGAUUUCCUGAGUUUCCAAGAAAAUUCCUGGAAGCCAUUUCCAGGAGCAGGAAGUCGAGCUGAGAAGGUCUGUAGGGUGCUCAACCACUACCGAAUUAUUAAAGAAAUUGUGCAGAAGCUUCUCAGUGACACCUGCCCUCGGUUUCUGGCAGGAAUCCUUGAAGCAGGGAAGUCAGAACUGGAAAAACAAGUGAAGCCAGAGGCUUGGGUGUCCAAAGGCCCCAGUCCCGGGCCUGGCCGUCUGUUGUUGGUGUGCCAUGUCUCUGGCUUUCAUCCAAAGCCCAUAUGGGUGAUGUGGAUGAGGGGCAAGCAGAAGCACCCAGGGACUCGGCGAGGUGAUGUCCUGCCCAAUGCUGAUGGGACCUGGUAUCUCCGAGUAACCCUGGAUGUGGCUGCUGGGGAGGCAUCUGGCCUGAGUUGCCAAGUGAAGCACACCAGCCUAGGAGGCCAGGACAUCAUCAUUCACUGGGGUGGAUACUCCUUCUUCUCGUUAUUGAUCUGCUUAAUUGUAAUAGUUACCUUGGUCAUGUUGGUUAUAGUUGAUUCUUCAUUUAAAAAGCAGAGCUCAAAUCAGGAUGUCUUCUCUAUCUCCCACCCUGCCUUUCCCACAGGAGCCAAAACCCAAGACCCCAGGAAUUCAGGACAUCAACUCUGCUUGGCACAGGAAUCAUGGAUCAAAAACAGACUCUUAAAGAAAUGGAAAGACAGACUAAAUCAACUCUAG